AUGGCGAAGUGGAAUGGUACAGCUCGGGGACGACUCGCCGCUCCGAUCGAGAAGGUCUGGAAAAUUACGUCCAAUUUCGGGGGGCUGAUGGAGUGGUCUCGUAUUGGCGCCAUGAGAUCGUGCGAGAUCUCGGAGGGAGAGAAUGGGAUUCCCGGCUGCGUGAGGAAGAUCACGGCCGAAUUGCCCGACAGUGGAGGCAGCGCAGAGAUUCACGAGACGCUGCUGGAGCUGGACGACGAGAAUCACGUCCUGAGGUACACGAUCCAAGCCCCAGCGGUGGCCCUCUUUGAUGGUCUCCGUCCCACUCUCAAGCUUUUGGAUCGCGAUGGAAGCACGGAGAUCGAAUGGGGCUACGAAGUCGAUGCCGAUCCCGCGGAUCCGGCCAAGGAGCAGCGAAUUGCCGCCGCUGUUCUUGGAUUCUACAGUGCGGGCAUUGAAAAUCUCAAGAAGAUCGUCGAAUGA